AACUCAAAUCUAAGUAAGCUUUGUCAGCCUAAAGAACUUUAUCCGUGUUGCCAAACUUCGUCCUUGUUUUAACAAAAUGUUCAAGUUUAUCCUUGUGACCUUGGCCCUUGUCGCCAGCGCUGCAGCUGCUCCUGGCUAUUUGGGUGGCCUUGACCAUGGCUAUUAUGGCGGUCAUGGUUUUGCUGCCGCUCCAGCUAUCUCUUAUGCUGCUCCCGCUAUUACCAAAAUAGCUGCAGCUCCUGCCAUCUCUUAUGCUGCUCCAGCUAUUGCACAUGCUCCAGCGUAUUCGUAUGCUGCUCCAGCCAUCACUAAAUACGCUGCUGCACCCGCUAUCUCAUAUGCAGCUCCUGCUAUUACCAAAAUUGCAGCAGCUCCUGCCAUCUCAUAUGCUGCUCCAGCUAUUGCCCAUGCCCCAGCAUACUCUUAUGCUGCUCCAGCCUACACUAAAAUCGCCGCAGCACCAGCCAUCUCAUAUGCUGCCCCAGCUAUAACUAAGAUCGCAGCUGCCCCUGCUAUCUCGUAUGCCGCUCCUGCUAUUACCAAAAUCGCCGCUGCUCCAGCAAUCUCUUAUAGUGCUCCUGCACUAAGUUUGGGCCAUGGCUUCGGCUAUGGACAUGGUUUGGGUUACGGCCAUGGCUGGUAA